AUGCUCGACGAAUCUGACUUGUUCUUUGAAUUUCUGGCUCCUCCCGGCUUAUCUCAAGCACCCGUCAACCAUGAUGUCAAUCAGACUGAAAAGCGCACGUCGCCUGACACUGACACGGACGUCGAGGACGACGGAUACACUUUAACCGCCUAUGGGGACAUAUCGCUCUCCAAUGUCUUGUUCGUACCUGGCCUUCCUACCGCCCUCUCACCGGAACGACAUACCAGGCGGGAAUCCCGCGAUUCGCAUUAUCGCGAUAAUAAUAACCACAUGCCUGCUGUGAUUCGAAAGGUCCUACCGCCUUCCUCGUCAAAGCCAUCCAUAUUAAGCCUAAAAUCCGACGCCGACUUCCAAACACUGGUACAAAACUUGAAGGACUCGCAUCGCAGUUCAAGCCCACGGAAAGCCACACAAUCGGAGCGUGAUCAGCACCUCCAUAUCUACGCCCCGCAACCCCGCCACGUUAUUAACCUGAAUCUCGUUGGCGGAGAUGCAGCGAACGAAUCUCGGGAAUCGCACCGCACAGCUCAAGUUAACGCGGCAAUCACGGGGAAGAAGAUUGUUCGUGCAGUCCAACACCAGGAUCAUAAAAGCGAGGUGGUUCCACCAAAACCGAAAGAAAAACCUUUGCGAGGGAAUGCAAAGCUCCCGAGUCGACCGCCUAUUCCGCGAUGGGACCUCUUAGACCCCGACUAUACUGGAGAGACGACUGUCGUUUAUCGCGGCCUUGGAUCACGUCUUAAGAUGUGA